AUGCACGAACCAAAUGAACUUCUUUCUACUAGUGCAUCUUCCAUCAAGUCAAACCCUGCUGUGCGGAUAACUUGGAUUGGACUCUUAGUGAAUAUAACUUUGGCCAUCUCCAAAGGUGUUGGUGGUGUUUACUUUCAUUCGCAAGCCUUAAUAGCCGAUGCCAUACAUUCAGUGAGCGAUAUGCUUGCUGAUUUCUUAACACUUGCUACGGUUAAUGUGGCAGCAAAAGUUGGAACACCAACAAAGUUCCCAUUUGGGUAUGGAAAACUUGAAACUGUAGGAUCAUUCACAGUCAGUGCAAUUCUUCUUUUUGCAGGUAUAUCAGUUGGCUGGUCUUCGUUGUUGCUGAUAUUCGAGUUUGUGCUUCCAACACAGUUGUACGAAAUUGCCGCUAGUAUUCAAAUUGGACACAGCCACAGUCAUGCAGGUUUGAGCGGAAACUCUGCAGGUACUGGUGUUCUGGGUCAUGCACAAAGUGAUGGACUUGGCCAUAGUCACAGUCACAGUCACAGUCACGGGCACACCCACAUCACACCCACAAACACUGAGUUGACAACUCAUCGAGAAAUUCCCAAUAUUAAUGCUGCAUGGUUGGCAGCAGGCUCCAUAAUCGUCAAAGAAAUUCUAUACAGAAAGACGAUGAAAAUAGCUGUCGAGACAAACUCAAAGGUUUUGGUGGCAAAUGCAUGGCAUCAUAGGGUUGACUCCUUAACUGCUGUGGUUGCUCUUUUAACAGUUGCGGGCGGUGUGCUAUUCAAUGUUGCAUGGUUGGACUCAGUCGGUGGUAUUGGGGUCUCUAUUCUCAUUAUCAAAGCUGGGUGGGACACAAUGAAAGAAGCAUGGUACGAAUUAAUUGAUCGCGGAGAGCAACCUGGUUCCGACUUGUACAACAAAGUCGAAAACAUUAUCCAACUUGAGUUGAAAAGCAACGAGGUUUUGAAUCAAUUUAAAUUAAAACAUUUAGCCGUAUUAUCUUCCGGUGCUAACACAAACAUAAAUUUCACGUUAUUGACGGAGAAUAAGAAUAUCGGCUUGUUAACAUUGAACAAGUACGAAAGAACAUUGACCCAAUUGAUCAAGGAAGAUGACAGAUUUGUGCGGAAUGUAUCGAUCAAGUUUGAAGUUGCUUCUGAAAGCGAAUUGGAUGAAUCGCUUGAGAAGCAAGAUGGUUAA